AUGGCAUUCCUCAUUUGCAUUGCUAGGAGGGAGACAAUAGACAACCAAAAGGGGGAAAACACUAUGCCGAUUGGAGAGGUUGUACUGUCUGCCUUCAUGCAGGCACUCUUUGAGAAAGUGCUUGCUGCUACUAUCGGAGAGCUGAGAUUCCCUCGAGAUGUCACUGAAGAACUGCAUAACUUAUCGAGCAUCCUGUCAACAAUUCAAUUUCAUGUUGAAGAUGCGGAGGAGCAGCAAUUGAAGGAUACGGCUGCACGCAGCUGGCUUGCCAAGCUCAAGGGUGUCGCGGAUGAGAUGGAUGACUUGAUUGAUGAGUAUGCAGCUGAGACUCUGCGAUCCAAACUAGAAGGUCCAUUCAACCAUGACCAUCUGAAGAAGAUAGUGCAGCAAAUAAGGAAGAUUGAGGGGAAACUCGAUAGGCUUAUCAAAGAAAGACAGAUUAUUGGUCCAAACAUGAACAGUGGGACCGACAGGACGGAGAUAAAGGAGAGGCCCAAAACAAGUUCACUGAUCGAUGACUCAAGUGUGUUUGGAAGAGAAGAUAAAGAAACCAUUGUGAAGAUGUUGCUGGCCCCCAAUAACUCGGGCCAUGCCAACCUUUCUAUUAUUCCCACAAUGAAGCUUACCAAGGAAACAAUUGAAUCAGUUGCUAGUGGGUUCUCAUCAGCCACAACAAACAUGAACCUGCUUCAAGAAGACCUCUCAAAAAAGCUGCAAGGUAAAAGAUUUCUUCUAGUCCUUGAUGAUGUAUGGAAUGAGGAUCCUGAAAAAUGGGACAGAUAUCGCUGUGCUCUAGUUAGCGGGGGAAAGGGAAGCAAGAUUAUAAUUACCACACGAAACAAAAAUGUGGGGAUACUAAUGGGCGGGAUGACUCCUUACCAUCUAAAGCAGCUAUCAAACAACGAUUGCUGGCAGUUGUUCAAGAAACACACAUUUGUAGAUGGUGACUCCAGUUCACACCCAGAAUUGGAAAUGAUAGGCAAGGACAUCGUGAAGAAGUUGAAAGGCCUGCCACUAGCUGCAAAAGCAGUAGGCAGUUUACUAUGUACCAGGGAUGCAGAGGAAGAUUGGAAGAACAUAUUAAAGAGUGAAAUAUGGGAAUUGCCAUCAGACAAGAAUAACAUAUUGCCAGCUCUGAGAUUGAGCUACAGCCAUUUGCCAGCCACACUAAAGCGAUGUUUUGCAUUUUGUUCAGUGUUUACCAAAGAUUACGUCUUUGAGAAAAGAAGGUUGGUUCAAAUCUGGAUGGCCCUUGGGUUCAUUCAGCCUCAAGGAAGGAGGAAGAUGGAAGAAAUUGGGAGUGGCUAUUUUGAUGAAUUACAAAGCAGAUCCUUCUUCCAAUACCACAAAAGUGGAUAUGUAAUGCAUGAUGCCAUGCAUGACCUAGCACAGUCUGUCUCAAUUGAUGAGUUCCUAAGAUUGGAUGAAGGCCUAAGACUGCAUGAUCCCCCGCACAGCAGCAGCCCUGAAAGAAGUGCCAGGCAUCUAUCAUUCUCUUGUGACAACAGAGGCUGGACCCAAUUUGAAGCUUUCCUUGGAUUUAAGAGAGCUCGCACACUUUUACUACUAAAUGGAUACAAAUCGAUAACAAGCUCUAUACCCAGUGAUCUGUUCCUCAAGUUGAAGUACCUUCAUGUGCUUAAUCUGAACCGACGAAAUAUUACUGAGCUGCCUGAUUCUAUUGGUAACUUAAAAUUGCUUCGAUAUUUGAAUCUUUCAGGCACUGGAAUAGCAACGUUGCCUUCAUCAAUUGGUAGGCUCUUCAGCCUGCAAACACUGAAGCUGCAAAACUGCCUUGCAUUAGAUUACCUCCCAAAGACCAUAACCAAUCUCGUAAAUCUUCGAUGGCUAGAAGCAAGAACGGAGUUGAUCACUGGCAUAGCUGGAAUAGGGAACUUGACUUGCCUUCAACAGCUGGACGAAUUUGUUGUCCGUAAGGACAAAGGAUACAAGAUCAGUGAGUUGAAGGCAAUGAAGGGGAUCACAGGACAUAUCUGCAUUAAGAAUCUUGAGAGUGUGGCUAGUGUGGAAGAGGCUAAUGAAGCUUUGCUAAUGAAGAAGACAAACAUCAACAAUUUACACCUUAUAUGGUCUGAAAGGAGGCGCUUGACUUCAAAAACAGCAGAUAAAGACAUAAAGAUACUUGAACACCUUCAACCACAUCAUGAACUCAGUGAGCUGACAAUAUUGGGGGUCUCCAUGCCAUUGUUCACAUCAACCAAGAGCCAAGAGUUUUCAGGAAUCAGUGAAGUCAAGGGGUUUCCAUCACUGAAGGAACUCGUAUUUGAAGACAUGUCUAACCUAAAAGGUUGGGCUUCUGUACAAGAUGGUCAGUUGCUUCCAUUGCUCACAGAACUUGCAGUGAUUGACUGCCCACUACUAGAAGAAUUCCCAUCUUUCCCAUCAUCAGUAGUGAAGCUCAAAAUUUCUGAAACAGGGUUCACUAUUCUUCCAGAGAUACAUACUCCAAGCUCUCAAGUUUCAUCAUCAUUGGUAUGCCUACAGAUUCACCAGUGCCCAAAUCUAUCAUUAGAGCAAGGAUUGCUUUGCCAGAAAUUAUCAACACUCCAGCAAUUAACCAUCACAGGCUGCCCAGAAUUAACUCACCUGCCAGUUGAAGGAUUCAGAGCCCUGAUUGCUCUUAAGAGUAUUCAUAUCUAUGAUUGUCCGAAGCUGGAACCAUCCCAACAGCAUAGUUUGCUGCCCUCCAUGCUUGAAGAUCUACGCAUCAGCUCGUGCUCCAACCUAAUCAAUCGUCUUCUUCGAGAGAUUGAUGAGAUAUCCUCAAUGAUAAAUCUUGCCAUAACUGAUUGUGCCAGCCUUCACUAUUUUCCAGUAAAGCUUCCUGCCACUCUGAAAAAGUUGGAGAUCUUCCAUUGUAGCAACCUAAGAUGCUUGCCUCCUGGUAUAGAAGCAGCAUCUUGUUUGGUAGCUAUGACCAUUUUGAACUGUCCUCUUAUACCAAGCUUGCCAGAACAGGGCCUCCCACAAUCACUGAAAGAAUUGUACAUCAAAGAAUGCCCACUGUUAACAAAGAGCUGCAAAGAAAAUGAUGGUGAAUAUUGGCCUAAAAUUGCUCAUGUACCAACCAUAGAGAUUGAAGAUGAUAGUACCAUGACCGACUGGAGCAUAAGAAUAAGAUUAUUCUAA